UUUCAGAAAAUGGAACCUGGUUCGGGUUCUCCGUUAUCGGCUCGAGCGAAAUUUCAAUUCGAAGGUUCAAAUAACGAUGAGCUAAGUUUCGACAAGGAUGACAUCAUCACAAUAACACAGCAGCAAGAAGGCGGAUGGUGGGAAGGAACACAUGAAGGAGUGACCGGAUGGUUUCCGUGUGCCUAUGUAACUCUCAUCACAGAAAAAGACAAACUCCAGCGAUCUCGAUCCGUCCCAAAUGCAACUGCAAAAGAAGUGGUAUCCGUCGGAGCUCAACCAGAUUAUCGAGACCUUGUGCUCAAAAGUUAUAUUGAAUCGGAAAAGGAGUACAUGCAAAGCUUGCUCAAAACGUUGCAAUCUCUAUUGAUUCCAAUUGGGGCAUCUAAAAUCUUGACGGCUCCAGAAUACUGUACGUUGGUUGGGAAUUUCGAAGUAAUUUACACUCUGAAACGUGAUCUUUUUGAACAACUGGAGCGUGAGCAAAAUGAGGAGCUUCCAAAAAUGAGAGUCGGUGGAAUGUUCAUGAAUGCUGCUCUUGAGCUCAGAACGGCACUAAUGAGUUAUGCUGACAAUCAUCCAGACGCUGUCGAAGUUCUCAAGAAGAAACAGAAGGAGUUGGAAAAGGUGGUAAAGUCGCAGGAUCGGGAGUACAAGGAAUUGGUGUUAGGACUCAGUGAGCCACUCCGGCACGUCGAGAGGUACUACAACUUGCUCCAGGAGCUUGAGCGAAUUGUUCCGGCGAAUCAUCCGGACCGUGGAGAUUUACAACGUGGAUCGGCAGUUUUUCGGGAAACAAAGGAUUUGUGUGAAACCCUUCGUAAGCAGAAAGAAGCCCAACUCGACUUCUUGUUUGUGUCAAAAGUGGACAAGGUGGUUUCAGCGUCAGAACGAGGAUCUAUUCUCUAUGUGGGUGUUGCAAAUGUGGAAUACAAGAAAGCGGAUGCAGUGGAUCGAUUCGUGGCAUUGUUCACUAAAUACAUUAUGUUUUUCGAAGUCACCAAGGAUAUGACAUACGACAUUAAGGAGAAGUUUACAGUGUCCGGUUUUAUUGUUCGGAAAAAGGAAGCUACUGAAAUUUCAUUUGAUCGCCCCAACACUGGAGAAUUCACUCUAACGAUGGUUUCAACCGGGGGUGAGGUGGAGAGAUUCCUUGUUGCUUUGGCGAAAGCUGAAAACGUGGCAAUCAUCACUCCGACGACAACUAUCUUGAGGAGACCUUCCAAAAAUGCUAACGAUACAAUGAAUCAAUCACAGACUCAAGGAGCAGAGACUCCUCUGGUCGCAAAACCCCCACUUCAUCCCCCAGGAAACUCGGAUCAACAGUAUAGUAUGAUGAACAAAAGAAAAAGCUCGAAGAACUUUGAUGACAGUUUAAACUUGGGAAAUAUGAAGUUCGAUCAUGAACUCGGAAUGGUGCUCCCUGAAGGAUUUGAGCUGCCAACAAGCAGUCGCAAUUCAAGGAAUACUGCAGAUAACCUGCAAUUCUCCCAGUUCCCAUCGUUUUUCCUAAGCGGGAACGCCGGCAAACGAGGUGAUCGUAACAUUCGACUUCGAAAAGACGCGGCUCGUGAUGAGGAGAUUGAGUUUGAGACACUUCGAAUUUUGGAAGGAUACUGUGUGGAAACUGGUGGCGGACAGUCGGACUUCCAUGCAAAUGAAAGUUAUCAACAACCACAUUUGAUUGUUGCAGAAGAUGAGAAGAUUCUGAUGGAGGAGAUGAUUGGAGAUGAAGUUGUUUUGCAAGAGAAAAGUAUUGUGGAUGCUGUGUACGCCAUCAAAGAUCAACUUUCGUUCCUUCAGACCGAAUUUCAAAAACUAGCAAAAGUUGUUGAAUCCGAACAAAAAGCACGCCGUCGUCUGGAGCACAAUUUGCCAAAAAUGUCUGGGGUGAUCUCGCCAGAUGGGAGUUCCAGUACUCCAAGAAAGGAGAUCAACUCGUUUGACUUGUAAACUAGUUGAAAGCGUUUUCUCGAAUGAGUGAGAGCGCUAGAAAUUACAAAAAAGUCAUUGCAAUUAACCUGUUGGUGCGGUGCUAAAAAGCAUUUUCAACACCUAAUUAUCAAUUAGUUUAAAGUUUGAUUCUAGUAACGUUCAUUUAAAACUUUGUUUUCUUUGUUUUCUUAAGUUCAUCGUCAAAGUUAUGCCAGUAGAAUGAUCGAAAGCGUUGAAAUAUUAUCAUUAAAUGGUUGACUUUUGUGAUUAUUGACUUAACUUUUUAUACUCAAUCAAAUCAGUAAAUAUAAAAAAGGACAGUCCAAAUUAUCCUUGGAAGUACGGGAAGCUUGACUGAAACCAAAAAAAAAACAAUUUUCGCAUAUUUUUUUUUUGAAUUUUCAAGUUAGCUGGUUUGUCAUUUAAAUUUUUAAUUUGAACAUCGGAAGCCAUGCAAAUGUUUAUGUCAGGCUAAAAAGACUGAAAAAUUGAAAAUUGCCAAAAGUAGCUUCACUAGGAAAAUCUGUUUUUGUUGUUUUUUCAAGCUAAUAUCCUCACAGAACUCAUCUAGAGACUUGAUUUUUUUUAUUUACCAGAUGGACUAAAAAUCAAAUGUCCAAUUACAAGUUUAUAUUUUCCUACUUAAUUCUAUUUAAUUUAAUUAUUUGAACCCAUAUCAAACAUUAUUUCCUUCUCCGUCUUCCUUUCGCACUCCCAGAAAAUACCAACAACCACGACCUCUUCCUUCUCGACUUUAUUACUCCUCUAUUUCUCCAACUUUUCUCGACCUAUGUGCCUUGACUCGACCACCUCUUUCGUGUUUUUUUUUUCACAAAUCAAUGUUGUUUUUUGCCUGAUUUCCGAUUUCUUAGCAUUUAUAUAUUUUUCCAAAACAGAAAUCGUUUGGUGUUGUGUAACUUUCACACUUUCUUUGUAUUUUGUUUCUCACUUUUUUCUCUAUUUCUUAUUUUACAUUUUUCUGAAUAAAACAAUAUUUAAUUAUA